CAAAACAACCGCCGAUCGCACCAAUUUAUAAACUUUGAUUUCUCGGCGAAAAAAGGACCAAUUUCAGCCAAUAAACUCUUGAAAUGAUCGCUAGACUUUUAGCUACAAGAUUAUACCAUAAAGUAAGGCCAAUGAACAAUUUUGAAGGAAGAAGAUCAAAAUUUCGAAGAGCACCGCCGGAAAAUUCAAUUGCCUUGCAUUUUUGACCUUGCUGUGGCAAGAUAUCAGGCCGUGUAAUUUAAGUAGGCCAUGGUUGACCUUUUCUUUCCGGUUGGCACUGAUGAGUUCUCAAUUUCUCCUAAACUUCUCCUUAUUUACGCAUAAAAACACUCAAAACAUCUCAAAAAUGAAAAUCAACAAGUCUCGCCGAGACAAAGAUAAGAAUAUUACAAGUCAUUCCAUGUUAUUCCAUUUCAUAAAUGGCGUGCUUUUUCAUCCUUAUUGCUGUGAUAGUGUUUGCAUUCAAUUGCUCCGGCGUCAAUGCCGACGAUCUUGCAAGGUUUGAUUGUUAUCCAGAGGGACGGGACAGUAUGUUGAAUAAAACAUUGUGCGAGAAUCGUGGAUGUCUUUGGAAAGAACCAUUAAGCGAUAAUAAAGCUCCAUCGUGCUUCUAUCCCAGCGGUUUCAACGCAUACAAACUGGCUAAAAGGAGACCCACCACAGAAAGGCAGGAUAUAAUUUAUCACCUACAAAGAGUAGACAAAAGAGUGUUGUAUGGAAAUCAUAGCGACAAUAUAACAGUUCAUGUGCAUUUCUACAACAGCGAUGUAUUAAGGGUGAAGUUAUACGACAACAACGUGGACAGGUACAAAGUUCCAUUGUAUCAAAUCUCAUUUUUAAGUUUUACCGUUUACAAACAGUUAUACGACAACAACGUGGACAGGUACAAAGUUCCAUUGAAGUUCAAUAAUCAAUCGUACGAUGGUGGAGAGACGAAGUACAGAGUACACGCUGAGGAAUUUCCAUUUGCAUUGAAAAUAAUACGAAGCAACGACGACACUCUAAUAUGGGACAGUUCGGUAGCACCGUUGAUCUUCAGUGACCAAUACAUUCAAAUCUCAACGAAACUACCCUCUACAUAUCUUUAUGGUUUCGGUGAACAGGAACAUGCGAGUUUCGCGCGAGGACUGGACUGGAAAACAUUGGGAAUGUUCUCACGUGAUCAGUUCCCAUUCGCAGCAGCAGAAGGAAAUACAUAUGGAGUACAUCCAUUCUAUAUGAGCUUAGAGAAGAGUGGUAAAGCACACGGUGUAGUGCUUGUCAAUAGUAACGCAAUGGAUGUGACUCUACAGCCAACGCCAGCUUUGACGUACCGAACAAUUGGUGGAAUAUUGAUUUUACUUUUCCUUGGACCAUCACCCGAGGAUGUUGUGCAACAGUACACAAAGUUAAUUGGUCGACCAUUCAUGCCGCCAUACUGGAGUCUUGGUUUUCAACUCUGUCGCUAUGGUUACAAAGAUUUGAACGAUGUGAAGGAAGUUGUAGCGGAAAUGAAGAAAUACAACAUACCACAGGAUGUACAAUACGGAGAUAUUGACUACAUGGAGCGACAACUCGACUUCACGUACGAUAAAUCAACAUACGACGAACUGCCACAGUUUGUGAAUGACAUCAAAAAGGAAGGACUAAAGUACAUAAUUAUUCUGGAUCCUGCCAUCAGUGUGAACGAGACAACGAUGUAUCCAACAUAUAGUGAAGGUGUGAAAAAUGACGUUUGGAUCAAGAACUACGAAGGAAAUACAUUGCUUGGAAAGGUAUGGCCUAACUAUCCCAAUGUUAGCGAAGAUACAAUAGUGUCGAUCAGAUUACGUUUCCGUGCGUACGUUGUUUUUCCUGAUUACUUCGCCAACAAUACGGCAAAAUGGUGGCGAAACGAGAUAGAGAAAUUUCACAAGAUCAUCGACUUCGAUGGCUUAUGGAUCGACAUGAAUGAACCAGCAAAUUUUGUUCAUGGAUCAAUUCGUGGAUGUCCACGUACAAAGUUUGACUACCCGCCGUAUAAGCCAUACGUCCUCGGAGAUAAUUAAGCAGAUAAGACAAUAUGUAAUGAGUGCAAAUAAGCUGAAGGAAAACAUCGCCAUUACGACGUACACAGUUUGUACGGAUGGAAAUCAUGCAGUUUGACCAAUAAACGAAGCAUCGUAAUCUCUCGCUCGACGUACAUUAGCAGUGGUAAAUAUGCCGGACAUUGGCUGGGUGAUAAUCUUUCUGCAUACUACCAAAUGCAUCGCUCUAUCGUUGGAAUGCUGGAUUUCAACCUGUUUGGCAUACCGUAUAUUGGUGCGGACAUAUGUGGUUUUAUAGAUGAUACAACAGCAAGUUUGUGUCAACGCUGGAUGCAACUUGGGGCUUUUUAUCCGUUUAGUAGAAACCACAAUACAUUCGGAGCGAAGCCUCAACAUCCUACGGUGUUUGGUGAAACAAUUAAAAACAUACGCGAUAUCUUAUUGGUUCGAUAUCGUUUGCUGCCAUAUCUCUACACUUUGUUUUACGAUGCUCACACCAAGGGUUCCACGGUUGUUAGACCUCUUCUUCACGAAUUUACAGCAGAUUCAGCAACAUGGACCAUAGAUAAGCAGUUUCUGUGGGGGUCAGCUUUGCUGAUAAGUCCAGCUUUGGAAGAGAAUCAAACAGAAGUGAAAGCGUAUUUUCCAGAUUCUCGUUGGUUUGACUACUUCACAGGAAAUGAAGUAUCACAAAGAAGCGCCUACAGAAACCUGACGACGCCUCAAGAUCACAUUAACCUCCACCUGCGAGGCGGGUUUAUAAUACCUGUACAAGAGCCAGCGAACAAUACUUUCUUCAGUCGUCGCAAUCCGUUUGGUUUGAUUGUAACUCUUGAUGAUGAUGAAAAAGCAAUUGGAUAUAUGUUCUGGGACGAUGGUGACUCAAUAGACACGAUAGAAAAGAACGCGUAUCUUCUGUUGCAGUUUAAAGUUGCUAAGAACAAGCUGACGAUAGAAACACCAAAA